UGCAAACCAGUUGUGAAAACUUCGAAAGCGCAAAUCCUCCCGCGAAACACGAAGGAAUAUCUCCAUCAUAUUUGCUAGUGCGCUGUGACUUAUGUGUGUCAUUAAUUCGAGUUUAAAAUGAGUCGGCAUGGUAUUAGCAUACUGACCUUGGAAGCCGUCUGACCUAGCAAUAUAGGUCAUGCGAGUCUCGAACUAUUAUAACAGUUAUCCCGGUUCGAUGGUCAAUGUCGACAACACACAUUUGACAAAGCAGUGCAGCAGGAUUUGGCUGGAUUAAGACAUCGUUCCCUCUGCUUUAAUAGAUGUCUGUUCGGAAGGAGGGUGUUAAGAGAGUUUAAACCCUACGGAAACCAACGACCCUGUGCGAGAUUAGCGAAGCGUGGUCGUCAGUAACGGGCUAUUGUAGUGUUAAAUAUGCACCAGCUUCUACUGUACUGAAACAGGAGACAUUCCGAACCACUUCGACGGUUCAUGUGUUACUCGUCUCUGAAAACACGUCGCGCUCCUUGAAUAUUUCAUAAUAGACAGCUCGCGUCAGUAAUUGGGAUUGACGUCUUUCCUGAGAAAUACAAAAGUGUGGACAUAUAUCGCCAACGUCACAUUUCCUCUGACUUAUAUACUGUACAGGUUGGGUACAAAUUAGGAAAUGGAGAUUAUUACAUCUGUGCUUGUGUGUAUUGCAAUCCUGCUGAUGAAAACAUUAUGGAAAAUGAAGAAGAAGAAAAGUCAUUUGCCAGGGCCUCCGACAUUAGAAGCGUUUAAAAGUCUCCUGAAUACGUCGUCGACGACAGGUCUUCACGUCGCCGUCACGGACUGGGCUCAGGAAUACGGCGACGUCCUGGCGCUCAAACUCCCUGGUCAAGCCAUAGUGUUUCUUAACGAAGCCGAGGUUGUAAAAGAGGUGUUUAGUUCGGAGGGUAACAAGAAACUGACGAAUGACAGACAAGGUACUUUCGCGACCAAGUUUGUCUUUGACAAUGGUUCCUUGGGGUUCCUUCAGGCGGGACAGGAACACUCCCGUCUGCGUCGUUUGUUUCAUGCGUCGCUCCACCUGUACGGCGAGGGGGUCGAAGCUUACGAGGUCCACGCGAGGGACGAGAUGGACUACGUGGUCAAUGAAAUUGCUCAGCAAGAUCAGGUGGAUCUUGAAAAGAUCCUCUCCACCUCCUUGAUGAACUGUCUUCAUAGUUUGUUGAUAGGACGACGAGCCGAACGCGAGUCACUGUCACUGUCCGCCAUGCUGGAUUUCAACAACGCCAUGAACAAACUUCUACGUUACGAACUCGAUGCUACGUUGACGAUGUUUCCGUUCCUCCGUCUCAUACCUGGUUAUUAUAAGGCUAUCUGCGACGACGUGCACGAAUCCAAGACGAGGCUACUGCACCAUUUCUUCGAACAGUCCAAGAACGAAUUCAAUGCCGAGCUGGGACAAGGUUUCAUAUACAACGUUCUCACCGAACAAGCUCGCGGGGUAGGAGGCAAGAAGGCCGAGAUCACCGACAGCCAAAUCAAGUGUUUCAUACUGGACUUUCUCAAUGCAGGUUACGUGACAACACGUGGGGCCCUGCUUGGCACAAUGCUCAGCCUCAUCAACAACCAGGACGUACAACAGAAAAUGUACAAUGAGCUUCAGACGCAGAUCGGUUCAAGGGAGGUAACUCUAGAAGACCGUCCGCAGCUGCCAUACCUCGAGGCCGUCAUUGUAGAGGCCUUGCGAUACACCAGCCAUACCCCUUUCAGUAUUCCCCAUCUCAGCCGCGGUGACAUAGAGACAAGAGGGUACACGAUACCCAAAGGCACCCUGCUGGUGGCCAACUUGUGGAACAUCCACCAUGACCACCGCGUCUACGAAGACCCUUGGGUGUUCCGUCCAGAAAGGUUUCUGGACUCUGCUGGUCGGCUACUGCCCAAAGACCAUCCCUUGAGGAGAAAAUCCAUCCCUUUCGGUAUUGGCAAGAGACAAUGUCCAGGCGAGAGCUUCGCGAAAAGCCGUUUGUUCAUGUACGUGGCAACCUUAGUGCAAAAUUUCAAAUUCCUACCACUAGAGGGAGAACGGGGUGCUUCCGCUGAUCCACGAACAUGGCGGCCGGGUGUCAUCUUACAUCUACCGGAAAUCGUCUGCAAGGUUGUGAAGAGAAAUACGUCAUGUAACUAAAUUAACGUCCUGAUUUGAAAAGAAAUCGCUGGAAACUUAAUGUGAACGAGGCUGCAACAUAAAAACAUUUUGUGCUCAGACAAUAUGUGACACUUAAAACAUGUUCGUGGGCUUCAUGAUAUGAAGUUGUCCCAUUGGAAUUGGCUGUGAAACGAGACUGAUUGAUGCCGGUGAAGUGGUCAUACACACACGAUGUGGAUGGUUCCCAGAAAAUAGAGAUUACAUGACACAGGAAUCCAACCCAAACCUAGAAUGACCAGGGUCUCCUUUCACGAAGCAACCUUUACUUAGGUCAACCUUAACUCCCAUUCUUUAACAUUGCAAUAUUGUUACCUUAGUGUCUUUGUGAAAGGAGACCCUGGUCCAGAUUACAUUGUUCUGGGAUCCAGGGCCUACAUUUUCGAAGCUCUCUUAGCACUAAGAUAGUCGUAAGUUAAUGUUAAUGUAUGGCACUUACGACUAUCUUAGCGCUAAGAGAGCUUCGAAAAUCUAGGCCCAGGAGUGUCGAGAGUUAUGAAUGGUGUCAUUGUAGAUGCGUUAAUCAGAUGUAUAUCUCAAGUGGAAUCAUGUACAUGGACAAUACGGGACAACAGAAGACUGUUACGCUCUCCGUUGCAUGUUUACAGUUCUCACGUGUAUACAUAAUAUUAGAUUUAUCGUAGUUGUAUGCGUAUGUAUAUAUAUAUCACAGUUUAAUGUACAGGUAUUAUUCUUGAUAGCAUCUCUUAGUCAUGGAAUGAUCCGCUGGUCAUGGGUUCGAUUAAUGAUCCAUGGUCUGAUCUGUCGGCACGAUACCGUGACCGGGCGGUACUGCGUGUCGAAGCGUAGCGCAGCAGACACCGGAAACCAGGCUUCUCUGCCUUGGCCUCUUUUCGGAUCACCUCCCUAUAGACUGACGCGCCCGUAUCAUCAUAACGGUAAUAUUGAUGUAAGCAACUCACUUACCCCACUCACUUGUCAUGGGUUUCUGUCUUUUUACAAGGCAGCAGUGUAAUAUAUGUAUACAUGUACUUAUCGACAAUUUGAAGCACAAACAAUGCAUUAGUUAAUAUGAAAGCUGUAUAAUGUCAAUAAAUAUUUUCAAAACUU